UCCAUAUUAAUAUCCAUAUCCACACUCACAGAAAAUAAAAAAAGUAAUAAAUCUAUCAAUGGUUUCAAAUUUAUAUAUCUAUAUAUCACAAUCAAACCCUAGCUCUUCAAUCAAUUAGGUUUAGCUUUUCCGUUAAUUUCAUGAUUCCGAUCUCCGAUCAGCUUGCGGCAUAUACAUACAGAUUUCUGUAUCUAUAAUAAUCCUAUCAAUUUUUAUUAUGUUUCUUUUCUGAAAUUAAUUUUAGGCUAAUUUUGUGAUUCCGAUCUCCGAUUAGCUCGGCACCUAUACAUACAGAUAUAUGUAUCUAUAUUCCUUUUGAUUUUGAUCAUGCUUUUUUCCUUCAAUUAAGUUUAGCUUUUCGUUAAUUUCGUGAUUCAUUUGUGAUUCCGAUCUUUGAUUAGCUCGACGCAUAUAUAUAUAUAUACAGAUAUCUGUAUCUAUUAUUCUAUCCGUUUUCGAUAGGUUUAGGUAAAAAUUUGUAUCUGUAAUUCUAUCGUUUUUUGAUAGGUUUAGGCUUGUUUGAUAAGUUUGUGAUUGGUGAAUUAUUGAUUGGAGGAAAAAAUGCCGUCGCACGCGGAUAUUGAUAGACAGAUAGAGCAAUUGAUGGAGUGUAAGGCAUUGAGUGAAUCUGAGGUGAAAGUAUUAUGUGAUCAAGCUAGGGCUAUACUAGUUGAAGAAUACAAUGUUCAACCGGUAAAAUGUCCGGUGACUGUUUGCGGUGAUAUCCAUGGACAGUUUUAUGACCUGAUUGAGCUUUUCAAGAUUGGUGGAAGUACUCCUGAUACUAAUUAUCUUUUCAUGGGUGAUUAUGUUGAUCGUGGGUAUUAUUCAGUGGAGACAGUCUCGCUAUUAGUGGCUCUUAAAGUUCGUUAUAGAGACAGACUUACGAUUCUUAGAGGAAAUCAUGAGAGCCGGCAGAUUACUCAAGUGUAUGGUUUCUAUGAUGAAUGUUUGAGGAAGUAUGGGAAUGCAAACGUUUGGAAGUAUUUCACUGACCUUUUUGAUUACCUUCCUCUUACAGCACUUAUUGAGAGUCAGGUAUUUUGCUUGCAUGGAGGACUUUCACCAUCGUUGGACACGCUAGACAAUAUUCGAUCCUUGGACCGUAUUCAGGAGGUUCCACAUGAAGGACCGAUGUGCGAUCUCUUGUGGUCUGACCCAGAUGACAGGUGCGGGUGGGGGAUCUCUCCCCGUGGAGCUGGUUAUACGUUUGGACAAGAUAUUGCAAGUCAAUUUAACCAUACUAAUGGACUCAGUCUCAUCUCAAGAGCUCACCAGCUUGUCAUGGAGGGUUAUAAUUGGGCACAGGAAAAGAAUGUUGUGACAGUAUUUAGUGCUCCAAACUACUGUUACCGAUGUGGAAACAUGGCGGCGAUUCUGGAAAUUGGAGAAAACAUGGAGCAGAACUUUCUUCAGUUUGAUCCAGCCCCAAAGCAGAUUGAGCCAGACACCACCCGCAAGACCCCAGAUUAUUUUUUAUAAACAUAAUUAAUUGCUGCAGUAUGAAAUUUGUAAUACUCUUCGCUUGUUCUUUCUUGUAGAAUAAGUGAUGUAAGAGUACCAAGAGUCUUUUUUUUUUUUUUUAUUUAAAGUUUUUACUUUAUGUUUUGGUACUUUUGUAUUUGUUGUCCUUGGAAGUAAAAAUGCAACCAGUAAUAACAUGCUAUUCCCUA